AAAAACACAUGGAGGUGGAGAGGACCUCAAAGUGGCUGAAGAUGAUGAAGAGCUGGGACAAAUACAAGAACAGCGAGAAGCUGGGGAGGAGGGUCUAUAAGGGAAUCCCCUUGCAGCUGCGAGGGCAGGUCUGGGGUCUGCUGCUCGAUGUCCCCAAAAUAAAGGAGGAGAAGAAGGACUUCUACGAGAAAUUGAAGGCCAGAGCCAGGGGAGUGUCCCCCGACAUCCGGCAGAUCGACCUGGACGUGAACCGCACCUACAGAGACCACAUCAUGUUCAUGCACCGCUACGAUGUCAAGCAGCAGGCUCUCUUCCACGUCCUCACAGCUUAUUCAAUGUACAACACGGUGAGUCAUUCACACCGUCUUCUCAAUACUGCAGGUUACUAUGCUUUUGCUAUCCGCAUGUGUACUGGAUGUAGGAUAUACAACAUUUCGUCCUCAACUUCAGGGUUUUUUAUCCCGGGCUUCCCGAAGCUGAUGCGUUUCCAGGAGCACCACGACCGCAUCCUGAAGAAGAUGAUGCCCAAACUGAAGCAGCACCUGGACACCCAGGAGGUUUUAACCAGUCUCUACACCAUGAAGUGGUUCUUUCAGUGCUUCCUGGACAGAACUCCCUUCACCCUCACCCUCAGGAUCUGGGACAUCUACAUUUUGGAGGGAGAGAGGGUGCUGCCCACCAUGUCCUACACCAUCCUCAAACUGCACAAGAAGCAACUGUUGAAGCUGUCCAUGGAGGAGCUGGUGGAGUUUCUGCAGGUGACUUUGUCCAAAAAUUUCUUCUUCGAGGACGACUUUGUGGUGGAUCAGCUGCAGGCGUCCAUGACGGAGCUGAGGAAGACCAAGAUGGAGCUGCCUGCCCCAGGUAAAGAAGAUGAGUAUCCCAAGAAGCCUUUAGGGCAGCUUCCUCCUGAGGUGGCCCAAGUGGUGGUGAACCACGUGGCCAACGGGCAAAGCUACACCGACCCUGUGGAGCCCCCCCAGGACCCGAGUCCUCUACCGGUCCGUCAGCAGGACAGUCGGCCCCCCAGCCGCUUACGCCGGGGCUCGCUGGAGAAAUCCAUCCGCCACCAAAAGGCUGAAAAAAGAGACGCUCGCUCAAGAGGGUCGGGGGAGAUUCCCAAUGAUCAGCGGAAGCAUUCCACUACACCUGAAAGGGGGGCCCCACCGCCCUCAGCCCCCGCCCCGACACCCCCGGUGGAUCGAGGGAAGCCUCAGAGCCACGCCACCGCCAACCACAACUCCAACGCAGCCUCCAGCUCCCGCAAAGAGAUCACCCCCCGCUGGUUCAAACCCUCAGACACAAAGCUGGAGGCGGUGAAAGCGGCAGCCGCGCGGGACUUCCACCAGAGCAGGGGGGCUUCACCGGCCCCCUCCAGCCCAGAGGACAGCGCCCUGGCCCCCGGCCGCCCGAACUCCAAGGGCUUCAUCCCCGACACCAACCGCGGCUCCAAUGCCUCGCAGUAUGACAACGUGCCGGGGCUGCCGGAGCAGGAUUUCGAGAUCCUGGAACUUGACAGACCCCCGUCCAGAAUGAGGACCCCUCGCAGUGACACCCCCUUCAGUGUGUCCUCCCUCCAUCAGGGCAGCCCGAGCCUAGCCGGGAGCACAGUGUCCGUCGCCUCCGGGUCGAGAAUGGCCAAUCACCCUCCUGCGUUCACCAACAACAGUCCAGGGAGGGUGUACCCCGGCAGCCAGUACAGCACCCCCCCCCAGCAGUACUCCCCGGGCAGAACUACAACAGAAGUUCCCAUCCUCCACCCUGCUUACGGCGUGAGCCGGGACCCCCGGGGAGAGGACCGACUCUACGCCCCUCCCUCCCGAUUCACCCCGCCCUCCAGCGUGGUGUACGGGGAUCGAGCGUACGCCACCACCCAGCGCCAGAACCCCUCCCCGGAGAAAAUUCUCAUGAACAACUGCUACACAACCUACCGCAGGGGGCCGCCGGGGAACCCCCGAAAUGUGAGGCCCCCACCAGAGCACUCCCUGCAGCUGGAAACCCAGGGGAGGUCCACCCCGAUCUACCUGCAGCAACUCACCUCCACCUCACAGGUGUACACCCCGGUGGACUACAGGUUUGAGGGGCAUCAGAGGGGUGAGCAACACUUUCUUCAUGAAGGCGGGGGGCAUCGGCGGCCUGUAGACGGGGCCCUCCCAUGGGCUCCAGAUGAUGAUCGGCCCCCUCAUACCCCAGGUGGUGUGCCCCGCUCACCCAGCUUCGAGCGAGCCCAAAUGUCGCCCGUUCAGGAGUUCACUUUCCCCCCCAACCCAGAGCCCCUGCUCCACUACAGGACUCCACUCCAGGAGCCCGUCCUUCGCCAACAGCUCCCCCAGCUGUUCGGAGGGCCACACUACAGGCCCGCACAGGAGGCGUUCGCCCUGCAGGAGUCCAUGCUGCUGUGAUAGACAAAUGGCAAGACACUGUAAAAAAGAAAGAACUGAAGUGUAGUCAGACACUGUGGAAAGACCAGCUCUGCUCUCGGCGCGUGAACUUCUGACUUCUGACUUGUAAUGUUGCAGCACGCACCAGCCUCUGAAGUUUCUACUGAUCACUUUAAAAACUGACUGAAAGAUUUUAUUUUAUUUUUGGAUGUAAAUCAUUAACAAGAGGUGACAGUAUAUAUCUUUUGGAGUCUGAUAUGUACAGUGGAUGUAUUUGUUAAUAUGCUGAGUUGUUAUCAGUAGCAGGGGGAAACUCUCCUGAAAAGGCAAAACUGACUUAUUUUCCAUCUUUAUUUUUUUAUAGUUACUUCCAGAUAUUUACAAUAGAGAUGGAUCUACUCUAUACGCUCGUGAAUGUUAUUUUUCAAAAAGAAGUAAUAAUACUGUGUCCCAAGAUAUAAUUAAAGAGCACUGUGCAAUUUGAUUUCCAAUCUGCAGCGGCUCUAAUGUAGAAAGUGAUGUUAAUUUUGUAGUCUUUCCUUCCCCAUUAACAGAUGUGCAAUUCAUUUCUUUUUCAAGCGUGAAGUACAGUUUGUUGGGUAUCUCAGUGUACUUUUUGGUUCAAUUCCGACCCCAAAUACAGAGCUCAUUUGUGAGGGCUAAUAAUAUAUAUAUUUAGUUUUAUAUAUUUUGGUUAGCUGGCUUUAAGCCCUCUGAUUGGCUAUGUAACUAUAGGUCACAUGUUUGUUUUUUUCAUUAAUGUUCUAUAGUUACCACAUCUUGAGCACAUGCAGCCAGAGAUAGAUGUGAAGGCGUUUGUUUUGUCUUAUUUUUCUCAACACUGUCAUAUCACUACUGUUUAGCUGCUGUCAAAUGGAGUCAUCUGACACACACACACACACACACACACACACACACACACACACACACACACACACACACACACACACACACACACACACACACACACACACACACACACACACCCAUGUCACAAAGGUAAGAGGCACCACUUCAACAUGUAAUAAGUCACAUUAUUAUGAUUAUUCAUCUCUGGUUCAUUUAUACUCAAACAGUAUUGCCCUUACUGUUCAUUACAUUCCCUAAGUUCUCUUUGUAUUUGUUAAACAACUAAUUGCAAACCAUUCUGAUACUUUGCUUAAUAAAAUGAGGUGGGUUAAAAUGAA